AAGUAAUGUUGUCUCAAGGUGGCUCCGGGAUCCCCGCGUGCCCGUCGGCUCUUGAACCUGCCCCCCUGAGCCUCGAGCAAUGAAGACGUCAUUCCUUGUUGGGGCUGUGUCUGGGCUCGCGGUCGUCUGGUGGAGUGCCGCAGUUGUUGUUGCUUUGAACAUGAAGGCAGUGUUCAGUGAGGUGAACGGGCGCGCGGCAUUGUUUCCGCACCCGCUCUUGUUCACUGCAAUCUUGAAUUUAGCCGUUGGCUUCUGGUGCGUGCUGUGCACGCAGGCUUCCAAAAUAAAUGGGUUCAUGCUGUGCACUCAGGCAUUCACUUCAGACUCUGUGUACUGCGCACUGUGCGGAGGAUCGUUUGCGAGUCUCUCAUCUGUUUCGUUGGAGUCGCGCGAGCUUUUGUUUCUUCUGCUCAUGGGUAUCUUUCAAGGCCUGGAGCUUGCGUUAAGCAGCAGCUCCUAUCGGUACUUAUCGAUAUCUGAAAACAGAAUGGCAAUGGCCAGCACUGUCGUCAUCCAGCUGUUUACCGCCGUGCUCUGGCAAAUCGAGCGCAUCUGGUGGCUAAAGUGGCUCGCUGCCGCUUUGAUCGCGGGUGGCGCGGCCGCUCAAGCCCUGGAUUGCACCGAAGGGACGGCCACCUACAGAGUCGUCGCCCUUGCGUGUGGCCCGCACAAUUUCCACGCCGACCCUGGAGCAGCAGCGGUCACCCGCACAGAGGGCACCUGGAAGGGGUGGGUCAUGGUGGUGAGCUCCGUCCUGAUCAGUGCAAACCGUUGGGCCUUGACGCAGCAUAUUUUCCAGAGGAGUCAGGCGGAAUCUGCAUUCAGGCGCUGGGGGAAGCUCCAGAUGAUGCCGUAUAUGGCUGCGGGUACCAUUUUUGUGUGUUUGAUGUUGGCGGCCGUUUUCGAACCUGGAGCCUUCUCUGAGUUCGUUGGCAUGGGCGUCGUCGAGAAUCUCGUGCCGCUUGUCUUGCUUGUGUCGAUUUCAAUCGCGAUUCUGACUAUAUGUGAGCUCCUAAUUGUCAGCAUGACCGCUGCGACUGUGAUGGUCAUUCUGGCUGUAGUGCAUAACAUACCCAUGAUACUGGCAGGUGUCAUCAUCGAUCACGACGUUGUUUUCAGAAACCAGUGGCUCGGUUUCGUAUUGUGUUCAGUUGGAGCUGUAGUUUAUUUUGUCGCACGCAAUUUGGACGAUCAGGUCGGUGAUGUUAAUAGUUUCGUGGCAUUGGCAGGGAGCGCCGAUAGAUCACGAUCAACGACGAUUGGUGUAGUAGUUGCGGAUGGCGGCAGUGCGCGCAAUUGAGAUGCGUUCGCAGAUUGAUGGAUUGCUGCAUCUACAGUAGGAAGGAGUUAUGUCUGUUCGAAUUCCAGAUGCCCCGCGUACACCCACCAGCCCAUUCAGAAACGACGCCCAGGGGAGUAGCCCAGUCCAGGGCUUUCUGGGAGCAUGCAGUGCCACAGGCUGACCCGGC